GCGGCGGCGGCGGCGGAACUGGUGGGGGCCCCCGCGCGGCGCCCGCGACCCCCGGCCUCCCGGCAUGGGCGCCCCUGCGGUGCGGAGCAGCUCCCCGCCGGCUGGUGCGCGACCGCGGAAGGCGGGGGUGCAGAGGCGAGCAGAGCUCGGCGGGCCAGGCUUCCACCAUGGACAGAAGCCAGCCCUGGUCCCUCUCUGGUGUCCCAGCUCCUUCUGCCAGGCCCUGGGGGCCCAAGGGAUGGUUGACUGUUGUCCGAGGUCUGUUGGUUCAUCCAGACUGGGCUCCCUGAGGCUGCCCGGAAGAGCCCCUGACCAACCACAGGAUACUCGCCUGGUGCGGUUGUCCAGGAUCUCUGAGAGUCUAAGCAGAUCGUGAAGAGACAGCUGCGCCGUCUGGCUCUUCUUCCCGAAGUCUGAUCUUAUUCUUUUGUGCUGUCUGUGAAUGCCUCCUAGCCUGAGAGGGAGGUGAAGGUCGAGAAAUCCCUGGACUAAAGACAGCCUCUGUGGAGAGAGGCCUGGCCUCCUUAACUCACAAGCUUUCUCCAGAGUAUUAAUUGAGCACUUGCUGCAUACAGAGUCUGGAAUUUUCCCAGUGCUGCGUGGAGCCACAUCUCUGGGCACACUCUCAUUUCCUUCCACUCAGCCAUGGAGGGGGAAGAGAGAUGCCCUGUAUCCAAGCCCAAUAUGGGACACCAGCACCGAGCCCAGGACCCCGAGACCACCUGGCAAGCGACCCCCUGACCCCUGAGCUCAGCAAGCCCACCAUGGACCUGGCUAGCCCCGAGGCAGCCCCCACGGCCCCCACUGCCCUGCCCAGCUUCAGCACCUUCAUGGAUGGCUACACAGGGGAGUUUGACACCUUCCUCUACCAGCUGCCAGGAACAGCGCAGCCGUGCUCCUCGGCCUCCUCUUCGGCCUCCUCCACAUCCUCCUCCUCGGCCACCUCCCCUGCCUCUGCUUCCUUCAAGUUUGAGGACUUCCAGGUGUAUGGCUGCUACCCUGGCCCCCUGAGCGCCCCCCUGGAUGAGACCCUCUCCUCCAGUGGCUCCGACUACUAUGGCAGCCCCUGCUCAGCGCCGUCCCCAUCCACGCCCAGCUUCCAGCCACCCCAGCUCUCUCCCUGGGAUGGCUCCUUCGGCCCCUUCUCACCCAGCCAGACGUACGAAGGCCUGCGGGCAUGGACAGAGCAACUGCCGAAGGCUUCCGGGCAUGCCCAUCCUCCGGCCUUCUUUUCCUUCAGCCCCCCUACUGGCCCCAGCCCCAGCCUUGCCCCAAGCCCCCUGAAGCUGUUCCCUUCACAGGCCGCCUGCCAGCUGGGGGAGAGAGAAAGUUAUUCCGUAUCAACGGCUUUCCCAGGCCUGGCGCCCACUUCUCCACAACUUGAUGGCCCAGGGAUGCUGGAUGCGCCCGUGCCAUCGGCCAAGGCCCGCAGUGGGGCUCCGGGUGGAAGCGAGGGCCGCUGUGCUGUGUGUGGGGACAACGCUUCGUGCCAGCAUUACGGGGUCCGCACCUGCGAGGGCUGUAAGGGCUUCUUCAAGCGUACAGUGCAGAAAAACGCCAAGUACAUCUGCCUGGCUAACAAGGACUGCCCUGUGGACAAGAGACGGCGAAAUCGCUGCCAGUUCUGCCGCUUCCAGAAGUGCCUGGCCGUCGGCAUGGUGAAGGAAGUUGUCCGGACAGACAGCCUGAAGGGGCGGCGGGGUCGGCUCCCUUCAAAGCCCAAGCAGCCCCCGGAUGCCUCUCCUGCCAAUCUCCUCACUGCCCUGGUCAGGGCACACCUGGACUCUGGGCCCAGCACAGCCAAACUGGACUACUCCAAGUUCCAGGAGCUGGUGCUGCCCCACUUUGGGAAGGAAGAUGCCGGGGACGUGCAGCAGUUCUACGACCUGCUUUCGGGUUCCCUGGAGGUGAUCCGCAAGUGGGCUGAGAAGAUCCCUGGCUUUGCUGAGCUGUCCCCAGGCGACCAGGACCUGCUGCUGGAGUCGGCCUUCCUGGAGCUCUUCAUCCUCCGCCUGGCCUACCAGUCAAAGCCGGCCGAGGGGAAGCUCAUCUUCUGCUCCGGCCUGGUGCUGCAUCGGCUGCAGUGUGCCCACGGCUUUGGCGACUGGAUCGACAGCAUUCUGGCCUUCUCUCGGUCCCUGCACGGCUUGGUGGUCGACGUCCCUGCCUUCGCCUGCCUCUCUGCGCUCGUUCUCAUCACAGGCUCUCUUGCGCUCGGGCGCCGGCGUGGACGUCGAGGCGCACCUGCGGAGGGGGCACCUGCGCGUGAGGAGGAGCAAGGGCAUGGUCCGAGCCUGAGGGACCCGCGCUCGGGCCUGUACGCGGUGGCCCCUGGCUGGGGUGAAGCUCCCCCGUGUUUAUUCUUGCCCCGCCCUCGGGUGCGGGCUCCUGGCUGCAGGAUGAACUGUCGCUCGGAGGUGCUGGAGGUGUCGGUGGAGGGGCGGCAGGUGGAGGAGGCCAUGCUGGCCGUGCUGCACACGGUGCUCCUGCAUCGUAGCACGGGCAAGUUCCACUACAAGAAGGAGGGCACCUACUCCAUUGGCACCGUGGGCACCCAGGACGUGGACUGUGACUUCAUCGACUUCACCUAUGUGCGGGUCUCCUCUGAGGAGCUGGACCGUGCCCUGCGCAAAGUUGUCGGGGAAUUCAAGGAUGCGCUGCGCAACUCUGGGGGUGAUGGGCUGGGGCAGAUGUCCCUGGAGUUCUACCAGAAGAAGAAGUCUCGCUGGCCUUUCUCGGACGAGUGCAUCCCCUGGGAAGUGUGGACGGUGAAGGUGCACGUGGUUGCCCUGGCCACAGAGCAGGAGCGGCAGAUCUGCCGGGAGAAGGUGGGCGAGAAGCUCUGCGAGAAGGUCAUCAACAUUGUGGAGGUGAUGAACCGGCACGAGUACCUGCCCAAGAUGCCCACGCAGUCGGAGGUGGACAACGUGUUUGACACAGGCUUGCGGGAUGUGCAGCCCUACCUCUACAAGAUUUCCUUCCAGAUCACUGAUGCCCUGGGUACCUCGGUCACUACCACCAUGCGCAGGCUUAUCAAAGAUACCCUUGCCCUCUAGGCCUUAACUGGGGCCGCGGGUUCUCCUGGAUGGCUUGUGGACCUUGGCUUCCGGGGAUCGUACUGUGGGGCCCAUGGGGCUCUGGAACGUGCUCCGGGUCCUUGAUGAGACUUGGAAUGGCCACCCCUGGCUUCCUUGUUUUGUGGCUGCCAGUCUUUGGUCAUCUCUUUAACCUUUGCUAAUGGUCAAGUCUGGCCUUCACUGUCUCUCUGCACCCCUGUGGGGGUCCCCCUUCCUCCACUGUAUGGAAGAGCCAUAGCUAGGAUGGUGAAUAAAGUUGAGAAUAUUUGGGUUGA